AUUCAUUUCGUAGAGAGAGUUACGGGUAUAUCUUCUUUUGGCAUGCAUCACCAGUCAAGUCAGACAGACACCAAUCCAAUUGCGAUAAUCCACACUCAAAUUACAACAGAGAGAGAGAAAAGCUAGAGUGAGAGACGUCGUGGCAAAGAGAGAAUCCAUGUCAGAUUGUGGAGUGAGGAGGAUGAAGCUGGGAAGCCAAGGCCUCGAAGUAUCGGCGCAAGGCCUUGGCUGCAUGAGCCUCUCCGCCUUAUUCGGUGUUCCCGCUCCCAAAACUGAUCCCAUCGCUCUUCUUCACCACGCUAUCGGCUCCGGCGUUACUUUCCUUGACACCGCCGACAGCUACGGUCCUCAGACCAACGAGUUGCUCCUCGCCAAGGCUCUAAAGAAUAAUGGGAUGAGGGAGAAAGUGGAGCUUGCGUCCAAAUUUGGGAUCAUUUACGGAGAGGGGAAGAGAGAGAUAAAGGGAGAUCCUUUCUAUGUUAGAGCUGCUUGUGAAGCUAGUUUAAAGCGCCUUGAUGUUGACUGCAUUGAUCUUUAUUAUCAGCAUCGGAUUGAUACUCGUGUCCCUAUCGAAAUCACUAUGGGGGAAAUGAAGAAGCUAGUUGAAGAGGGUAAGAUAAAGUACAUUGGUUUGUCUGAAGCCUCUGCCUCAACUAUCAGAAGAGCACAUGCUGUUCACCCAAUUACUGCAGUCCAGUUAGAAUGGUCCCUGUGGACGAGAGACGUGGAAGAAGAAGUCGUCCCUACCUGCAGGGAACUUGGGAUUGGGAUUGUUGCUUACAGUCCUCUAGGAAGAGGCUUCUUCGCUGCUGGACCAAAGCUUCUUGAGAACAUAGAGAACAAUGACUACAGGAAGACUCUACCAAGAUUCCAACCGGAAAACUUAGGCCACAACAAGAUUCUCUAUGAGAAAGUUUAUGCAAUGUCCGAGAAGAAAGGAUGCACUCCUGCACAACUAGCCCUCGCAUGGCUUCACCAUCAGGGAGACGAUGUUUGCCCCAUCCCGGGAACUACUAAGAUCGAAAACCUCAAUCAGAAUAUUGGUGCUUUAUCAGUGAAACUCACUCCCGAAGAGAUGUCUGAGCUGGAGAGCAUUGGUCACCCAGAGUCUGUGAAAGGAGAAAGAUUCAGUAACAUGGUGCCCAACUUUAAUAACUCAGACACUCCACCAUUGUCUUCUUGGAAAGCCGCUUAAACCCCACCUGAAAGUUUCUCGGGCUGUGGUGGUAGGUUGGCAUUGAUGUGGUGUAACUUGUGAUAGAUAAGUCGAGGUAAUUAUAUGUAGAAGCUCUGGUGUUAUAUUGCAUCUUCGUGAGUUCCACCUAUGCAUGGCCCGCCUUUAGUCUCUCAGGGUUUACACCCUUUAAGAAUAAAAUAUGCAUAUGAUGA